AGAAGAGCAAGUGCUUUAGCUCGCAAACCAGUCUCAGGACAUUCUUCAAGCUCCCAAGGCUGCAUACCAGGUUCUAGACCAGCCAGCUUCUGCCUGUCUCUGUGAGAGUUACAUUUGCAGCUGAUGAUCUUCAAGUUACUGGUUGGGUAAGACGUUGUUAUUUUUACAAGCAACUCCAAACCGAAGGCAAAAUACUUGACUCCAAUUUGAAAGCAUACUGGGAAAUGUUAGUACCUUCACUAAUAAACACAAAAGCUUUUACUAUGUAGCUGCAGGAAUUCUUUCCCCUCCCUUGGAAUUAUGGCAUUGUUGCUAUCUGAGCAUAGAGGAGGCCUGAUUCUCCUCCAGGUUUGUCGUGGUCUGGUUUGGCUGCCAAGAGGUAAUAAAGCAAAUGCCUGCUGCCACCUUAGAACAGCAUUGUCUGUGGGCACUCCAAGUCUGGGGAAGGAUUAGAUUUUAACAGUAUUAAUUAAGAAACAUAAAGUACAUCAGUAAUUAAAUUUUUGUAGGGUCUAGUUAAACAGUGCACUGUCAAAACAUGAUGCUGAAGUGACAAAUAAUUGGUUCAUCACAGUUCUCCCUAAUGAUCUGUUGUCCCAUAAAUUGGUAUGAUGUAUGUCACUCCUCACUAUAACUGGAGAUCUAGAGCUCAGAUGACUUUAUUUCCAAAACAGUUUUAAAGCCAGGCUAAAAACACUGUCUUUUUCCCUCUUCAGUGUAAAGAUAAAAGGAUGAAUUGCAAUCAUUACUUUCCUGCAAGUUAAGACAGCUGUGAGAGAAACAGUGGAAAUAUCAGCCUGGUUUUUUUGAAAGUGAUGAGAGCAUGCUGGUUUUUGCCAGGACUCCAUCCACCACAGUGGAGGCAGAGGCUGGUUUACUCAGUAGCUGGUACUUGCAAGUCCAAACUUGGAUCAGCUCAAGUUGCUGUGCUUCAGUGGUGGGUCAGAGGCAGAAUCAGGGAUGCUGAACUAGGGUGCACUGAGGAAGUCCUUACCCAAACACAGGUCCUACCACUGCUUCUCUCCUCCCUACACUGUACCACCCAAAAAAAGAUACACAUUCAGCAGUGGGAUCAGAAUAUGGCUCAGAUCAUUCCCAAGUUCCUGAGGAUUAUUCACUGCUAGUGUCUGGCAGUCAUCAUCUCCCUUGACAGAGGGCUCAUCACUGCUGCCAUGUUACUUUGCCUCGGACUAUAGAGAAGGGAAUAGCUUUUGGCAGAUACACAGCUGGAAUGAGCUUUCAUUGGCAGCUGGAGGCUCGUUAUUGCACCUCCCUUCUUGCUCCCUGAGCUAGUGAGGUUGCUGGCGAAGAGAUGGAUCAGAUGCCAUGGCCCUCACAUCUUCCAUUCACAGUGCUCAGAGACGUGCGUGGUGUUUCUGUGUUGCUCUGACUCUGCAGGGGCUUUCUGAGAAACUUGGGCUUCUGCUGCUCACCUUCUUUGGGAACUGAGAUGUCCAAGUGUUUGCACAUCCUUAUAUAAGUAUACAUUUUGUUUGAAUACUGUUGUCAAAAAAAAUCUUGAAAUUAAAAGAGGGAAAGUAAAAAGUAAGUGCUUCUGAGCUGGAAAUACAGUUAUGCAGCUUUUCCACUUUUUCAUUUCCUGGCUGGUCAGGAAGUUUAGCUGUUGUCAGCUCUCUCAUCAGAGCCCCACCAUGGAGAUCUGUAUUGAUGUGAGGGAGUGUUGGAAAGCUGUUGGCCAGAUCUACCUUCAUGGGACAAGGCUGAAAGGGAAGAGGUGGAACAAGGAGAGAUUCUGCCUCACUGUACAUUGUGGGGCAACAGAACAGAGCACAGUACAACCCAGGAUCCCAAUACUAGCCUAGGUACAGAAAACUAGGCUUGCAGAAAAACUAGUUGGCUCACUUCUGUGGGGUUUUGUUCACUUGUUGGUUAGUGGGGCUUUUUGGUGGCUUAUUUUCUUUGUAUGUGUAUAAUUAUGUUCCCUUUAAUAUGUUCACAGUGUAUGAAAAAGUAAUCAGGAAAACUAAACAAAACAUCGUGGUCUGUUUUUGCUCUUAAGCAGUUUUUGCUGUGCCUCCUUCAUGCAGUUUGAUUCCCAGCUCCCUCCUCCCUUGCUAUAAGGAACAGCUGAGUGCAAAUCAGAACAAGAAAUCCAGCUUGAAGCCGAAAGUAUAAUACACACAAUGCUGCCAAGGGCCAGAUUUGGAAUGCACUGAAGUAAUAGCUAUCAGAUGCUAUAAAAUGAGACACACAGCAUGUUUUCAGGUGAGAAAAGGUCACUCUGAAGUCAUUGGUGGACAUGACCUGGUUGUGGAGGCUGGGGUGGAUGCAUCUCCAUGGCUGGGUGAUGGCACAGUUGUUCCGUGGUGCAGCAGCAAUGUGUUCAGCUCACAGGAGAGAGAUCCCAGCGACCGCUCUGUCUUUUCCUGGGCUGUGGUUUCUCUUCUCACUCCUGCAGAGCUCACAGCAGUGUGACAGGCAUCUAGGGCAGGAGCCAGAGCAAGAGGAAAGUGUCUGAUGCAGGAAUCUUGGCUGCCAUGAGAGAAGCUAGCCAAAGGAAUUAACAGGUUCUGCUCCUUGUUGCAGCUGCCUCCGUGUGAUAGAUAAGCAAGUCUGUGUUCUUUCCCUGUGGCAUCUUCUCAGGACAGUGGAGAAUCCAUCCUGGUAACACUUUUCCUUUGAAUUUGGGACAUGAUUUUUAUAGCUGUACUAAAUGCUACCCUGGCCCAGUCAACACCAGAUUCCAUGGGAAAGCUUCCCUCACCCCUCCAUGGUUUAUAACACAGCAGAGCAGCAGCUCGGGGAAGGCUGUAUGCCAGUCUUGUCCAGACUAGUCAGGUGUUUAGGGUGAUCCCCCCUUAAAUCCUUCUGCCUACAAAUUGGUCUCUGACCCACACCCGUGUGAUGGGAAAUACAGCCCAGCUGCUCAAGGCUUGGAAAAAAACAAACCCUGCUGUUCUGCAGGCUUUCUGUAUGCACAGGAAACCAUGCCAAGCUCAUCUCACAGCUGGAUUGAAGGGAGGGGUCUCAGGGAUACAUAAGAAACACAAGCCAUGAAACUUCACACUGUAUCUCAGAUUCUUCAAAGGCAGAGGCUUUUCCAGUGUAUUUUUCCAGGCCUUAGAGCUCACUUCUGCUCCAAUUUGGUGGGGCUGGCUAUGCCCUAACCUGCCUCUUGUUUACUGCCUUUUCUGCUCUCGUUUCCCUCUGUGGCUGGCAGUUCACCUCAAAUGUUUGGUGGGGAGAGGGGAGCAGCAGUGUCUCCCUUCUCUCUGUAAAAGGGUAGCCAAAGGCUCUGAUGGCUCUAGCAAACCAGGCACUGCAAAGCUGGACUUUGUUUCAGUGUUCUAUGCUCCUGAAUAAACACCAGCAGCUCCCAUUGGACUGAGAAGUCAGUCACAAUAUGGUUCGUAAUAAGUGCAUUUUAAUGUCAUAGUUCUGUGUGGGAUUCAUGCAGGUGGAGCCAUUGCCUUGUCGAAGUCACCACCGCUGCCACAGCUGUCAAGCAGGACUGCUCCAGCUCAUGCCAGAGUUCUCGCCUCUCUCAAAAAGGCAGCUGUAAAUUGCAUGGAAGCUGCAGCAACAGGAGCUGCUCAGCGGGGCCAACCAGGGCUCUUGGGCCUGAAGAUAAAUGGGAGCUUUCACAGAAGCCAUGGAUUAAUAUAAAAAUCAUCUUGGACAUGAGACAGCAUUCCUUUGUCCUGCUUCCUAAAAGCUAGGAGAUCAAGGCAUACAGUGGAGUCUUCUCAGGGAAGAUGUCGUCUUUGACAAUGAGAACCCGUUGUGUGGACAAAAGAGGAAGUUUCUUUAAGCUCAUUGACACAAUUGCCUCAGAAAUCGGAGAACUGAAACAGGAGAUGGUACAGACAGAUCUCACAGUGGAAGAUGAAUCUGCUGAUUGGCAAAGCCUAAUAAAGGAUAUGGAUAAUAUCUCUCCUGAGAAAAAUGAUGUAAAAAGCUGCCCCCGGGACUCUGGAUAUGACAGCCUAUCCAACAAGCUGAGCAUACUGGACAAGCUCCUCCAUACUCACCCUGUGUGGCUGCAGCUUAGUCUGAACGAUGCUGAAGCCAUGGAAAUUUUGCAGACACAGCCUCCUGGGAUAUUUCUGGUUAGGAAAUGUGCAAGGCUGCAGAAGAAAGUCAUCUCUCUGCGUCUGUCCAGUGACUGUGGGUCCUGCAUGAAAGAAUUUGCCAUCAAAGAAAGUACAUACACAUUUUCCUUGGAGGGGUCUGCAAUAAGUUUUGCUGAUUUGUUCAGACUCAUUGCUUUCUACUGUAUUAGCAGGGAUGUCCUUCCAUUCACACUGAAAUUGCCUCAUGCAAUUGCUGCAGCAAAGACAGAAGCUGAACUUGAAGAGAUUGCUCAGCUUGGACUGAACUUUUGGAGCUCCCUGGCUAACAGCAAACCCCCGGAUCCUUCACCUCCCUGUAGGCCUGUGCCUUUGGACAGUGCUCGCAAAGACUCACGCCAGCUCUGCCUUAUAAAUGGAGUGCAUUCUAUACGAACCAGAACGCCUUCGGAGCUGGAGUGCAGCCAGACCAACGGAGCGCUGUGUUUCAUUAAUCCCCUCUUCUUAAAAGUGCACAGCCAGGAUGUCAGUGGAAGUCUGAAAAGGCAGAGCCCGAGAACUCCAGACGUGAAUGGCACGGCGAGGCCUCGCUCCCCCCCUCCCCGGCCACCACCUCCUGCUAUUAAUAGCACCCUCAGGAGCCCACAGAUUUCCAGGACUAUAAAGCAGGCGAGCAUGCCAGAAACAGUCAGCCAUAAGAAGGAGAGGGGCUCGGAUUUGCUGCAGAACAAGCCCACCCCGAUUCCGCCUCCUCGGCUGAAGAAGCAGGCGGUGUGCUCCGAGGCAGACAGUGCCUCCAGGAGCGCGGCCCCGCUGCGGCCCCGCUCCGUGUGCGUGCCCGAGGCAGCCGCGGCUCCUCCGCGUGAAACCCUGCCAGCCCUGCCCCAGCCGGCUCCAGCGGCUCCCAAAAAGACGCCGGCUGCCAUCUCUGAGUCACACAUCCCGUGGAAUGGAGGCCGGCAGAGACUGAGCGACAUGAGCAUUUCCACCUCCUCGUCUGACUCCCUGGACUUCGAUCGGAGCAUGCCGCUCUUCGGCUAUGAGGGGGACACCAACAGCAGCCUGGAGGACUUUGAGGGGGAAAGUGACCAGGAGAGCAUGGCACCCCCUCUGAAGCCCAAGAAGAAAAGAAGCAGUUCGUUUGUUAUCCCCAAGAUUGUGAAAUCUCAGCUACGGAAAGUCAGUGGAGUUUUCAGUUCCUUCAUGACCCCUGAGAAAAGGAUGAUUAAGAAAAUUGCAGAGAUGUCCCGGGACAAACGUACCUAUUUUGGAUGCUUAGUGCAGGACUAUGUCAGCUUUCUCCAAGAAAACAAGGAGUGCCAUGUUUCCAGCACUGAUAUGCUGCAAACAAUUCGUCAGUUCAUGACCCAAGUCAAGAACUACUUGUCCCAAAGCUCCGAACUUGAUCCCCCAAUCGAAUCACUGAUUCCUGAAGACCAAAUAGAUGUUGUGCUGGAGAAGGCCAUGCAUAAGUGCAUUCUGAAGCCGUUGAAGGGUCACAUUGAAGCGAUGUUGAAAGAGUUUCAUACCACAGAUGGUUCCUGGAAACAACUGAAGGAAAACCUGCAGCUGGUGCGGCAGAGGAAUCCUCAGGAACUGGGUGUGUUUGUCCCAACACCAGACUUUGUGGACGUUGAAAAGAUUAAAGUCAAGUUCAUGACUAUGCAGAAGAUGUAUUCACCUGAAAAGAAAGUCAUGCUGCUGCUGAGAGUUUGCAAAUUGAUUUACACUGUUAUGGAGAAUAACUCAGGGAGGCUGUAUGGAGCUGAUGACUUCUUGCCUGUGUUGACGUAUGUGUUAGCCCAGUGUGAUAUGCUGGAGCUGGAUACUGAAAUAGAGUACAUGAUGGAGCUGUUGGAUCCAUCCUUGCUGCAUGGAGAAGGAGGCUAUUACUUGACAAGUGCUUAUGGAGCACUUUCACUGAUCAAGAACUUCCAGGAGGAACAAGCUGCCCAGCUGCUCAGCUCAGAGGCCAGAGACACUCUCCGGCAGUGGCACAAGAGGAGGACAACAAACAGGACAAUACCUUCAGUUGAUGAUUUUCAGAACUACCUUCGUGUUGCAUUCCAGGAAGUUACCAGCGGCUGUACGGGAAAGACUUUGCUAGUAAGGCCAUACAUCACUACCGAAGAUGUAUGUCAGCUUUGUGCUGAGAAGUUUAAAGUGGCAAAUCCAGAAGAAUACAGGCUGUUUCUUUUUGUUGACGACACCUGGCAACAACUGACAGAGGAUACCUACCCUCAGAAAAUCAAGGCGGAGUUGCACAGCCGUCCACAGCCCCAGGUCUUUCACUUUGUCUACAAGCGCCUUAACAGUGACCCAUAUGGGGCCAUUCUUCAGAACAGCAACGACUCGGCUGCUUAGAACCAGCAACCUGUCAUUUUUAUAUCUGUUCCUUGGUAAAUGUUACAACCAUCUUUGUUGGCUGCCUUCCUUAGGAGCUAAAACAUGUCUUAAACCUUAAGUGCCUGGUAAAACACGUGCUGACGUUCCAGAUGUUGCUUACAGGACCCAGGCGCACUGUGCACGUGGCCAGUUAUGCAGAAUAUUCCACCAGCAUGUCUUGAGGAGACAGCCUCUGAGGCUGCAUUUCCUGUACCAUGGGCUCUUCUGCAGCAUAUUCUACUGUGGCCUUUCACAGGUCUUGGCUGUAGUGUACAAAAUAAGAUUUUCUUUCACUCCUUGUUUCCCCAGCUGUCACUUGCAUUUGAAUCCCUGUGCGAGACGAGUGCGCCUGUGAGCUGGGGCCAGCUCAGUUCUGCCAGCAGGAGUUUGACAAGACUGUCCGAUGCAGGGCAUCAGUUCACUCAGCAUUACCUGGAUGGUUGCAUCCUUGUCUAAUUUUUUUGAUUACAGAAAAUCAUCCUGUUUAUAUAUAUAUAUAUAUAUAUAUAUAUAAAAUAGAUAUUUUAUAGCAGUUGCAGGUAAACUGUCAGGGUUGGUUUUUGAAAUAUUUUUUUAACUAAAAUAUUCUAUAAUUAUGCAUGUGAUUUUUAACAUUUAAUACACAAGAAUAAAUCUCUUGCUGGUUUUAGAGUCUUGCAUUGAUAGUCUGUGUGGUUUCUCUUCUUUACCUGUUCCAGGAGAAUUCUUAGGAAACCUCUGUACCCUCGAGACAGUUUUGCUGUCUGUUCUCAAUUGUCUCAUGAAAAUCAGACCAUUUUAUUCAUUGUGCUGUGCAAAACAUGUCUUCGCCUCUGAUCACAUUCAUUCUGAUCACACUGUGUGUUUGGCCCUCUGUCUUUUCCUCUGUCCUUCUCCAUGCCUCACUCCUGUUCCUCUUAUAUUCUGUGUGGUGCUUUCCAUGCCAUUGUUUCUCUACUGGAUCCUUGUGUCCCAUUCCCAGUCCCCAUUCUUUUUUAAUCCCUCUCUGUCAUGCUGCCCAUCCCAGGUUUUGUUGUUGUUGUUUUGAUUGUUUUUUCAAUUUCAUUCUGUAUCCUGUUCUUACUUUUCUUCCUGUGUCCUCUCUCCUGUGACUGCGGGACUGGGAAGGAACUUCUGGGGGCUGCCCGCCAUUCUUGUUGCAGCAGAGUCCCUUUUGGGGGGAUGUACUUGUGGAAAGGGCUUGAAUAAAGCACCACGCUGCUGUCCAGGGCA